GUGAAAUCUCUACUGUCCUCUUGUAGCCAAGAUUUUAGCAUUGGUGGGAACUAUUACUACAAGAUUUCAUCUAGACGGAUUCGUCAGAAGGAGGUACAGAUAAUUCCAUGGGUGAUCAGUGAUAGCAACUAUGUCCGCUGUCCAUCAUAUCAACUGGAUCCUGCAAAGACUGUAUUUGUUGGUGCACUGCAUGGAAUGUUGAGUGCAGAGGGAUUGGCUAACAUCAUGAAUGACCUGUUUGGAGGAGUUGUGUAUUCAGGAAUAGAUACAGACAAGCACAAAUACCCAAUAGGGUCUGGCCGAGUCACCUUUAACAAUGUGCAGUCGUAUAGAAAGGCAGUGAGAGCAGCAUUCAUUGAGAUAAAAACACCCAAGUUUACCAAAAAGGUACAGGUGGAUCCUUAUCUGGCUGACUCUCUCUGUCAGCUGUGUCAGAUGCAGCAAGGACCAUACUUCUGUCGAGAUGAGAAUUGCUUCAAGUAUUUCUGUCGAUCAUGUUGGCAGCUCACUCACCCAAUGGAUGCCCAUGGUGGCCACAAGCCUCUCAUGAGGAACUCCAAGCUCCGUACACAAACCACUCUUAGCCGAGUUAUUUAAACUAAUGUUUGUAUUCUGAUGAUAAUACCAUCUAAUUUUAGUUCAAAAUAAUUGGCAAUUUGUGUAUUCAUGGUCCAUGUCCACUCAUAUGUUGAGGUUAAUGAAAGGGGGUGUAUAUUUUGUGGUGUAGAGGUGUGUGUUUUAAGAGACUGUACCAUGACUAAGGUGUGAAAUUUUUGUAUGGACUUGAGGUGGUUGACCUAUUGCCAUAUAUCAGGUUGAUUGUGGUGUUGGUUUAAUGUUUUACUGUGUGAUUGUCAUUAUGAUACUCUAUGAAGAGGGCAUUCAUAGUAGGUUGAAUAGGAUUCCAUCAGCUUUUAUUGGCUUGCAAAAUGUGGUUUUAUUACUGCCUAAAAUACUAUUAAUAACACAAGUGUUUUUAAUAUAUCAUGCUGAAAGCUGUAUGGAAGAAGCCAGUCAGCUUCAUAUUAUUUUAAGAUGGAACUUGCCAUUUUUAGUGCAGCACACCUAAGCACUUUUAUAUUUUUUUUUGUUUUUAUUUGUGUCGGUCACAAAAGCAAAGGAGAAAGUAUCCAUUAGGUUUUUAGUUGGUGUUUCAUGCCAUGGUAAGAAAUUUUCAAGUUUUGAAUUCUGCUUAUUUGAACAUAGGAUUCUCUUUUUGUAUGUGGGCCAGUUUUAGAGAACUAGUUUACAUUUAGUCUUAUUUUAUGGAAUUUACAAAUAUUUUGAUGGGCCCAUUGACAAUAGCAUUGAGUUUGGUCCAGGUUUUCUAUCUUAAAUUGACUUUCACCUCCCCAAGGUCUUAACUGCAAAGGAAUGAAUUCACCCCCAAAGUGUUUUGUCCUCACAUUCUUUUUUAAAAGGUGGGGGCGUGGAGGAAGGUGAGUCUAAGCCAACAAAGAGUGCUUUGUUUCCUGCCUUCCUCUAGUAGGGAAAGUAAUCAAUUGUCUUUUGUUUGUUUAUCAUGACUUGGUGAUUGUCGUAGAUUUUUAAAUCGCUCAUAAUUUGUAAUCUGCUGGAGCAGUUGGGCCUCCGUGCAGUGGGUGACCAUUUUAAUGUUUGGUUACGAAAUAAUUGCCUAGUAGGAAGGUGAGGGUGUCUUCUUGUUAGUUUACUUUUUUGCACAGUACUACUAACUUUUACUUAAUUUUCUAAUAGCUUGGGUUUUUGGAGGGAAGGAAUUCCUAACAUUGGCAGGUCUGCCAAAACAUUUAAGUGAUUGUUUUGAGUUUAAAUCCACCAUUGCCUACAUCUUGUGGUUUAUUGAAUUUUUAGAUAUUAAUAGUAGAAACAUUUGCUUUAUAAGAAGUGGUCAUUUUACAUAUGGAUGAAGGUCAGUAAUUUCCGUGAGUUAAUCAUUAGAAAAGUGGACUGGUAUCUAGGUGAAUUGUUGCUUUUAAUUUACAUGGGAAUUGUAUAACAUGUUGCUAAACAUGUAUCUUUUACUACUAUGGAAGGUUAUUUCGUUGAUGACUUGGCUUUGUUGAAGGAUCUCUCUUUUUGGAAUUGCCACUGAUUAAGCAGUAAAAGUUUACUGUGAAAAUGCAAGGAAGUUUUCACAAUUUCACAGUAUUAAGAUCUUGUGAUAAUUUGUGGUUUCCUAGAUAUGUAUAUUUUUUGAAGUACACGUUCUGUUAAUCAAAUUUCAUUUUGUUACUUUUGUAUAAGAAUAUAUUCAAGGAA